AUGAGGCCAUGGGAACUGGAAGCGUUCUCUGCUGUUAAGGGACUCUAUGUGUGCUUGGUGAGGAAGGGACCAAGUACAGCAGGCGCUGCCGCCGUCACCACCUCUGCAGCAGCAGGGACAAGGGAUAUGCUUCCUUUCACUGUGUCGUCCUGUCUUGAUGGAUGGGGGAGGGAGAGGAAGGCAUCGCGGGAUGGGAAGAACACACGUGCUGCUGGAUCUUGGAGAGGGAACGAUGCGCCUCUCACCCCACUCCUCACCUGCCCCACUCCUCACCUGCCCCACUCCUCACCUGCCCCACUCCUCACCUGCCCCACUCCUCACCUGCCCCACUCCUCACCUGCCCCACUCCUCACCUGCCCCACUCCUCACCUGCCCCACUCCUCACCUGCCCCACUCCUCACCUGCCCCACUCCUCACCUGCCCCACUCCUCACCUGCCCCACUCCUCACCUGCCCCACUCCUCACCUGCCCCACUCCUCACCUGCCCCACUCCUCACCUGCCCCACUCCUCACCUGCCCCACUCCUCACCUGCCCCAAUCCUCACCUGCCCCACUCCUCACCUGCCCCACUCCUCACCUGCCCCACUCCUCACCUGCCCCACUCCUCACCUGCCCCACUCCUCACCUGCCCCAAUCCUCACCUGCCCCACUCCUCACCUGCCCCACUCCUCACCUGCCCCACUCCUCACCUGCCCCACUCCUCACCUGCCCCACUCCUCACCUGCCCCACUCCUCACCUGCCCCACUCCUCACCUGCCCCACUCCUCACCUGCCCCACUCCUCACCUGCCCCACUCCUCACCCGCCUCAGAACUCACCCGCCCCAGAACUCACCCGCCCCAGAACUCACCUGCCCCAGCAGCAGCCCUCUCUGCCGGCCAGGUUCAUCCACCACCUUCCCCCCCACACCACCGUGCACCCAAACCCCCACCUCCGCGCCUCCCCUGCUGCUCCCCUCUCCCCGCCGCCACCACCACUUGCCUCCGACGCUGCAGCAGCAGGGGCAGCUAGUGCUGCUUGGGCGUCUGCCGCUGCUGCCAGUGUCGACGCGGACCAAGCAGACGCCGAAGCAGCACUAGCUGCUGCCAGCCCCGCCAGACCUGAGGGGCGCGACGCGGCCCCCAGCUGA